AGCCAUUAUAGCAUUGGUAGCUUUCAGGUUAUCCGAACACAAACAACGCUUGGUCAUUUGACUCCUCGCCCAUGUCCUGGCUGUCUGGCCUUUGGAGAACAUCACGUCCAAACUAUCGCAUCAUGCCCGGCAGAUCUCACGAUGAGGAGUCUGGCUCAGGAGAGUCAGAGUCCCUGCUUGGCCGAGGCCACAAGAGAGUUAAGCGCUUCUGGGAAGGCUUCGUCGACUUUGCGUUUCAAGAUGAUAUCCUCAAGAUCGCCGUUGGUUUGAUUCUUGCAGCCGCUUUCACAGACCUAGUAAAGUCUUUCGUGAGCGAUGUAUUGAUGCCACCUAUCUCGAUUCUCCUCCCGCUCAACAGAAACAUGGAGGAGAAGUUUGCCGUUCUGCAAAAGGGACCCAACUACAAUAAGACAACCGGCUACAACACCCUUCAUCAGGCGCAAGAGGACGGUGCCGUUGUCCUAGCAUAUGGAUCUUUUGUUGGCCAAAUGAUAUCCUUUCUUGUGCUGGGCAUCGCUCUCUAUGGACUCGCGCACUUGUGGCAGCUUGCUUCAUCCGAACCCAUCAUCAAGCACACAAAGAAGUGCAAGUACUGCAGACAGCGCAUCAACGAAAAGUCUAUUCGCUGCAUCCAGUGUACCAGUUGGCUUGAUGGACGAGAGGACCGCAACUGAGUUGACCUUGAACAUCUCGUACGCAUACGUGAUACCCUUUGCUUUUUGUCUUUUUGCAUCCCCGUGUUGUUCACAGAUUGCUCAUUCUUUAGUGAGAUGUUAUGCAUAAUGCUUGCUUUAUCAUGGCGGUUAUUGGUAGACUCAGUCUUAUUGUUACCAUUUGGAAGUGUUGCUGUUUUAGCCCAAAUACCAAGAGGCUCAUACUACGUUCAAGCUGAUCAACCGUGACUCAACAUGUGCCAUCCUCAGUAUCCAUUGUCCAAUACGUGACAUGCGUGGCUGGCUGGCUGCCAGGAUGGAGCU